GCCCCCCUACCGGCGGGGCUCGGGGGCUCCGCGCAGUAAGCUGAGCCGCUGGUACUGCGUGGUCGUCCUCCUCGUCCCUGACGGUCCACCGCGCCACCCACAGUCCACGGCCCACAGCCGGCAAGAACGCGACCGCCACAGCCGCUUGCCGGCGCCAUGUCUCAGAGUGGGGUCCCCGGGCUGCAGGAGGAGAACCUGCAGGGUUCCUGGGUAGAAUUGCACUUUAGCAAUAAUGGGAACGGGAACAGUGUUCCAGCCUCAGUCUCUAUUUAUAAUGGUGAUAUGGAAAAAAUACUGCUGGAUGCUCAACAUGAAUCUGGACGGAGUAGCUCCAAAAGUUCUCACUGUGACAGCCCACCUCGCUCACAGACACCACAAGAUAUUAAUAGAGCUUCUGAAACAGAUACCCACAGCAUUGGAGAAAAAAACAGCUCUCAGUCCGAGGAAGAUUAUAUUGAGAGAAGGAAAGAGGUUGAAAGCAUCUUGAAGAAGAACUCAGAUUGGAUAUGGGAUUGGUCAAGUCGGCCAGAAAAUAUCCCCCCCAAAGAGUUUCUCUUUAAGCACCCAAAGCGCACAGCUACUCUCAGCAUGAGAAACACAAGUGUUAUGAAGAAAGGGGGUAUUUUCUCAGCAGAAUUUCUAAAGGUUUUUCUUCCAUCUCUGCUGCUCUCUCAUCUGCUAGCCAUUGGAUUGGGGAUUUAUAUUGGAAGGCGUCUGACAACCUCCACUAGCACCUUUUGAUGAAGAAUUGGAAUCCGACUCUUUUCAUUUAGUGAGAAUUUAUAUCUGAGCUUGCAACUUAGCUAACUGAAGAGCUACUGUGAUCCUUGGGUGGCUUUACCGAUUGUGUUUAAGUUCUGUAAAUGCUGCGUUCCUAAUUUAGUAAAAUGAAAAUAUAGACAGUAAAAUCAUGCUGACCUAUAAUUAUACCUGUGGGAUCAAUUAACAUUAGCAUGUCAUACCGAUUAAUAUUGACUAGAGCAAUUUGGUAGUAAAUUCUAUUUCAAUAUUAGAUAUAAAUAUCUAAGUAUAAAUACUUUUAAUACACUAGUCAUGAUAUGUAGUAUUUAAAAAUGAUGUAUAACCUGAAUUGAGUUAGAACACUUUAUAUUUCAAAAGAAUGAGUAACAUGAUAUCAUAAUCAUGACAUUAAGGGGUUUGUCCAAAAUAAAUAUUGUGGCCUUAUAAUUCACAUUAUUGCAGAAAAUUUAAAAUGGAUGCAGGUUGACUACUACAGACUACACUAUGCUAUUUGUUCUUAAGUAAUAAAGAGAAGCCAAGGUACAGCUACAGACUGUAUGUACAGUGCAUACAUUAAACUGUUCUGCUUUUGCAGUAUAAGGACUUCAGCCUCUGAUUGUUAAGUAAUCAGUCACCUUCACAAUUGGUUUUCUGUUGAUGGUACCUUCUCAGUAUCUUUUACUCUUCAUCCCUCUGGAUUGCUGCAUUUAAUCUUACCCUUUGUGCUUUAACUUGUGCUCUUAAAAUCAGCUUCAUUCUAAGCAAAUCUGUGUCUACUUUAAAAGACUGGAAAUAGAAAAAAAAUAAAUCUUCACCAAAUCCUUCAGAUUUCUGUAUUUACAUAUGGUCAUAAAAGCUUCUUGAUUAAACCAGGCCUAUUCCCCAUUACUGCAUUCUUUUUUACAGCAUGUUAUUUAAAAAGGCUGUCUCUGUAUAUGUUAUGGUAUAUUCAUUUUACCCUUCCACACUUAAUUAAGGUAUACUACAACCUGAUAUUUUAAGUUUUUUAAAUCCUCGUAUUUAAACUAUUAAAUUGGAAGCAAUAGCAUGUAGCCCUUUCAUUUGAAGAAAGCUAAUUGAAUGCCACCAGAAUUAUUUAUGUAGUUUAUCCUUGAAAAAAAGAUAGUCUGUGAGGUCUCAUUGAAUCACACUGGCCAAGUGAACUGACGAACUGACUUUUGUUUUAGAGCAAACAUGUUUGUCUUAAUCAGAAACACCUGCUUAUUCUUU